GCUUCGUUCCCUCUUUCCUCGUUUUACAGAGAUAUUGUACUUCUAUAAUUCUUCAAGUAGUCUCAUCGUUUCUAACAAUACAUAAACAAAAUGGAGAGAUCAGAUGGAAAAAAAUAUGAUGAGAAUGGUCUGCUAAUCAUCAAGCCACCACCUUUGAUAAUGAGAUUUGGUGUGGUGGAACCUAAGUCACCACCUUCGCCAACCGAUUCUGAAAUCGAGCAAGCAGAGCUGUGGGAACAAUUUCAUCUCCUCAGCAAAUCAAAUGAUCAAGUCAAGCAAAAUCUUCCAAAAAAGGACAAAGACAUCUCAGUCGAUAAAACUCCCCACACACGUUGUACAAAACCGGAACAUGAAUUGAUUCUGGAUCUGGAGAUAGGAUUGAAGUGCAUGCAUUGCGGAUUCGUGGAGAGAGAAAUUCGAAACAUGGACACAUCCGAAUGGGGAGAGAUGAAGAAGAUAAAGAGGAAGAGGUCUGGAAUGUCAUCGAAAUUCACAUGA